GGUUUCAGAGUUGUUUGUUUCUCUUUGAUAAAGAAGCCCUUGCUUGCUCUUGCUUUUUAUUCCAUCUGGUGUUUGACGGAACAAUCCUCUAGAAGCAGUUUAGAGUGACUGGUGAGAGGACACACGCCAAAAGCUCAUGGCAACGAGAAGGAUGAAAUUCUUUCUGCAGUGCCUCCAGCUUCUGCCCUUACUGAUCAUCUUCACCUUAGAGUCGCUCCUGAAGCUUUUUAUUCCUAAGAAGAGAAAAUCAGUGACGGGAGAAAUCGUCCUGAUUACUGGAGCUGGACAUGGAAUUGGGAGACUAACUGCCUAUGAAUUUGCCAAACUUAAAAGCAAACUGGUUCUGUGGGAUAUAAAUAAGCAUGGGAUUGAGGACACAGCUGCUGAAUGCAGGAGACUGGGUGCGAAGGUUCAUGCCUUUGUAGUAGACUGCAGUAACCGAGAAGAUAUUUAUAGCUCUGCAAAGAAGGUGAAGGCAGAAGUUGGAGAUGUUAGUAUUUUAGUAAAUAAUGCCGGUGUAGUCUACACAUCGGAUUUGUUUGCAACACAAGACCCUCAGAUUGAAAAGACUUUUGAAGUUAAUGUACUUGCACAUUUCUGGACUACAAAAGCAUUUCUUCCAGUGAUGAUGAAGAAUAAUCAUGGCCAUAUUGUCACUGUGGCUUCAGCAGCUGGGCAUACUGGGGUCCCCUUCUUACUUGCGUAUUGUUCAAGCAAAUUUGCUGCUGUUGGGUUUCAUAAAGCUUUGACUGAAGAACUGGCUGCCUUAGAAAGAACUGGAGUCAAAACAACAUGUCUCUGCCCUAAUUUUAUAAACACUGGCUUCAUCAAAAACGCAAGUACUGCUUUGGGGCCCAUCCUGGAACCUGAGGAAGUGGUAGACAAGCUGAUGAAUGGGAUCCUGACUGAGCAGAAAAUGAUUUUUAUUCCAUCUUCUAUAUGCUUUUUAACAGUGGUGGAAAAGAUCCUUCCUGAGCGUUUCCUGGCACUUUUUAGACGAAAGAUCGAUAUUAGGUUUGAUGCAGUUAUUGGGUAUAAAACUAAAGGAGAAUAAGUCCUACAUGGACCACAUUCUAUAUUUAGUUAAUGUAAAUACACAUCUUCAAAAAUACCUGCUUUCCAAAACAUCAUUAUAUUUAAGUGACGUAACUUAAAUUCUUCUUCACACAUUAGCUAUAAAUGAAUAGAACUGAUUUACCAGGUUUAAGUCAAUUUCAUCUAAUGUUAAUCAGAACUUUAAUAUUUAGACUUCUGCUUUUCCUAAUUAUCUUUCUUUCUUCAAUAUCUUUUUUGGAGGCCCUGACAGUCCUCAUUUAUUAUCACUUGUCCUUUAGCUGAAAGCUAAUUUUAUAUAAUACAAAGAGGGGAAUACCUUAGGAAAGACCUUAUAAAUUACAUAAUUUAUAAAAUUACAAAUAAUUUUAUAAUUUCUAAGAUUUUGUGACUUGUGCAAUCUCUGGAAAAUUUGUACUAUAAAUGUGUAAGAUAUAAUUUUAUUUCUAAUUGCACUUAAAUUUUAUAUAAUUCCCGUUUCCUUUUCUAUUCUCUAUAAAAACAAAAUCUUCAGGCUCUCUAAAUAUAAUGAAGGACUGUAUCUAGUGGCAUUUCACAAUGAGUUUCUUAUGAUGUAAGAAAUGUCACUCAAACAUUUCAUCACACAAGUUCCCACUGUUUCCUGAAAGAUGCCUCACAUUCCAAAGCCAAACAUUUCAGCUCAAGGAAACUUGAGAUCGACAUGUGUUGCAGGUACAAAAGCAUCAUUGGGAUUUGAGGCAGAGAAUUAGGAGAAUGUACCCAUAAUGGCAACAAUAAACAGAUCAAACUUAAACUUUUGUC